AUGGUGCGUUUUCUUUCCUUCUUUUCGUUAAAUUUUGGGCAGAGUGCCUUGUAUUUUUCGAAGGCAUCUUGCAAUAAUAUAUGUAACACGACCAAACAUAACUGUCUUUUCAAUUUCGCACAGCUGACUGAGUCUCCUCUCCCUGUAUUGAAAUAUUUCUCUUUCCCUUCUCUCUCUCUCUCUCCCUCUCUCUCUCUCUCUCUCUCUCUAUGUUUUCUAUAUUUUCUUGCCUCUAUCUUUCAAUACUUUUCUUUUCCUGUGUCUUUCUUCUUUCUCUAUCUUUCUCUUUUUCUCACUCUACAUAUGUAUUUAUCUAUAUCUUCCUCUCUUUUUCUCUCUCUCUCUUCCUCGCAUAUUCUCUAUCGCUUGCUCUCUCUUUCUCCGUCCAUUUAUUUCUCUAUCUCUGUCUUUAACUCUGUGUUUCACGUUGUGCCUUUCUACUCUUUCUUUCUUUCUUUCUUUCUUUCUUUCUUUCUUUCUUUCUUUCUUUCUUUCUUUCUUUCUCUUUGCCUCUCUUUUCCUCUCUUCCGUUCUCUCUGCCUUUUUCUUUCUUUCUCCCUUUCUUUCUCCCUUUCUUUUUUCUUUCUCUUUCUGGCUAUAGCUCUCUUUUUUUUUCUCCUCAUUUUUCGCUCUUUUUCUUUAUCUCUUUCUCUCUAUCUCUCUAUCUCUCUCUUUCUGUUUCUUUCUCUCUUCCUGUCUCUUUCUCUUUUCGACUUUUUCCUUUCUUUCUCUCUCUUUUCCUCUCUUCUAUUCCUAUCAGAUUCGCCUUUUCCUACAUUUUGGCUGACUUCUCCGAAUUUUCUCCAUCAUUUUUUCCUUUCCGUCUUAACAUCUUUUCAUCCUGUAUUUAUUUUUCUUUCUUUUGCUAUACGCCGUUUCCUUCUCCCUCACUCUCGCUCUCUUUCUCUCUCACUCUCUCUCUCUUUUUCUCUAUCUGUGUCUCACUUCACUUCUCCUUUUCUUUCGGUGACACUCAUUCUUCCCUCCUCAUUCUUUUAA